AUGUCUAAGAAAACAUUAUCCAGUAUUCCAAAUGAAAUAAUUGAUAUUAUAUUUGAUAUAUUAUGUAUCAAUUGUAAAAGUACAGAAUAUUUUAUAUAUAUCCUUGUUUCACGUUUUUGGGCUAAAUAUUUUGUACCGAAAUUAUGGUCAAAUAUAACUCGUAAUUUUGAUGAAUCAAAUCCACAAUCUAUCAAAGCAUGGGAUCAAGUUUUGAAAUAUUCUUUAUAUUACGAUAAAUACAAUAAAGAUAAUUAUAUAAAACCACCAUUAUUUAAUUAUCUAAAAUAUAUAGAAGAAUUAAGUUUAUGUGCUGUAGAUUUAUAUUCUGAAAACAAGAAUAAUGAUUAUCUUUUUAUUAAAGAUAAUUGUAACAUAAUUAUAUGUAGAAAUAUAAUAAGAAAUUGCAAGAAAUUAAAAUAUCUUGAUAAUGGAUUUAUAUGGAUUAAUAAUAAAAAAUGGAAAGAAAAUAAAUUAGAUAUGUUAUUUACCAAGAUCGGAUCUAUGACUCAUGUUGUGAUAAGAGGAAAUGCCAAUCCACAAAUUAAAGAAAAAAUAUCUGCUGGACUACAAGUCAUGUUAAUUGAAUUUAAGAAUCCUGAUGAAGAACACACAAUCAAAACCUUUUUAAAAUCUAAUAAAAUGAUAUCUGAUAUUUAUGAGAUAACAUCAUUUCAACUUGAUAAUGAUUAUUUUAUAAAAGAGUCAAUUAAAUAUUUUAAAAAUAGUAUAAAAGAAAUAAUUCCUCAGUUAGAUGAAGUAGAAUAA